UACAAAGCUCCAUACACACACACACACACACACAAAUACAUAAGCAUACACACAUAUGCGGUCUCAGCACAGACAACAGCCGUCAAAUCGAAGCAGUGUUUGGAAUAGUGUAAUCUUAACACCGCAACACCUGGAUGCCCCCCAACCGCAGGAAUCAUUCUAAUGGGUGUUCAUCGCUGAACUGCAGCAGCAUAUGGUCGACAGCACAGUGGUAUCUUUUGGAGUUCUCCCCAGAUACUCUGACUUCCUCCAACAGUCCAAAGGCAUCCAUGGGUUAGCUCUCAUGGUACUAGCUGAACAGUGACCGCUACCUGCCUGAGGACACCUGCUGCCAAAUUCCCUUCAUCAUGUCUGGGAUCCAUGUACCAUGGUCGACUGGCACAGAGUGUGUAGCCAAGUAUAACUUUCAGACUGCCAAUGAACAGGACUUACCCUUCUGUAAAGGAGAUGUACUGACCAUCAUCGGAGUCACCAGGGAUCCAAACUGGUACAGAGCAAGGAACCAGGUGGGCAGAGAGGGCACCAUCCCAGCUAACUAUGUCCAGAAAAGGGAAGGCGUCAAGUCAGGAGGGAAACUCAGUCUUAUGCCCUGGUUUCAUGGGAAGAUAACUCGGGAGCAGGCCGAGCGGCUCCUCUACCCUCCAGAGACGGGUUUAUUCCUGGUGAGGGAAAGCACCAACUAUCCUGGAGAUUACACCCUGUGUGUCAGCUGUGAUGGCAAGGUGGAGCACUACCGCAUCAUCUACCACAAUGGCAAACUCACCAUCGACGAGGAGGAGUAUUUUGAGAACCUCAUGCAGCUGGUGGAGCACUACACCAAAGACGCUGAUGGCCUUUGUACCAGACUGAUUAAACCCAAGUUGAUGGAGGGAACAGUGGCAGCGCAAGACGAAUUCUCUAGGAGUGGCUGGGCAUUGAACAGAAAAGAGUUGAAACUCCUCCAGACCAUUGGCAAAGGGGAGUUUGGGGAUGUGAUGGUAGGAGACUACAGAGGGACCAAGGUGGCGGUCAAGUGCAUCAAAAAUGAUGCUACAGCACAGGCUUUCAUCGCUGAGGCUUCUGUCAUGACGCAACUGAGGCACAACAACCUGGUGCAGUUGCUAGGGGUAAUCGUGGAGGAGAGGGGCAGUCUCUACAUCGUCACAGAAUACAUGGCUAAGGGCAGCCUAGUGGACUACCUGCGCUCUCGAGGGCGGACUGUUCUCGGUGGAGACUGCUUACUCAAGUUCUCACUUGACGUGUGUGAAGCUAUGGAGUACCUGGAGGCCAAUAACUUCGUCCACAGAGACCUGGCGGCUCGCAAUGUGCUGGUUUCUGACGAUAACAUCGCCAAGGUCAGCGACUUCGGCCUCACCAAGGAGGCAUCCUCCAUACAGGACACUGCCAAGCUGCCCGUCAAAUGGACAUCCCCAGAAGCACUAAGAGAGAAGAGGUUUUCCACUAAGUCAGACGUUUGGAGUUAUGGGAUCCUACUGUGGGAGAUCUACUCCUUUGGGCGUGUGCCUUAUCCUAGAAUUCCGUUGAAAGAAGUGGUGCCUCGGGUAGAGAAAGGGUACAAGAUGGACGCCCCAGACGGCUGCCCCGCCGUGGUGUACGACCUGAUGAAGCAGUGCUGGACCUUGGAUCCCGUGAUGCGGCCCUCCUUCCGCAUGCUGAGGGAGAAGCUGCAGCAUAUCAGAGCCAAGGAGCUCUACCUGUGAAGAGGAGGCGCUUGUGGGGGGUACCGGGGGAAGAGGACGGGGGCGAGAUGCAGCCCAGCACAGCUGUAAAGUGGGAGGAGGAGCAGGAGAAGGAGAAGCGGGACCACAGCACUUUCCUCCUGCCUGCCAAGCCUCUUGACCUGUGAGACUGCUACGCUGUGCCCCCUCCCCCGACCUCCACCGUCCACCAGCCGUCCUCUGCUUUCACACUAGGACUGUUUUCCUGUUCGUGUUGUAUAGCUUUUGCCAGACAAUUUCCUCUUCUCUCGAUGGGCCGCUCCUCUUUCCUCCUCCUACACCUGCCACUGCUCACUCACUCUCCCUUCUCUUUGUCACUUGGUCCAAAUUGCUCUUCUUCUUCUAUGUGAAAGUUCCCUUUUCUUUCUUUGUAUUUCCUCCCCUCCUCCUCCUCUCCUGAACAUGGCAUUAACUGGAGGGGAGGCUGGCCUUUUCCUCCACGUUUGUCAGGUGCUCUUUUCUUCUCCAGUCCACCCCACUCGAUCAUUCCCAAAUUCUCAUAUCACCAUGUGGCUUUGCAUGCCUUUCAGCCCAACUCUGUCAUUCCUUCCUUGCAUCCCUCCUUGCUUUCCUUCGGCCUUGUUGUCAGGUGUGGGGCCUUCGCUCUGUGCCAAAGUGCCUCCAGUCUACAGAGCUCCAGACUUCCCUCUAACACUUCUUUUGAUUGGACUGUUAUGGUUUCAAUUUUUAUUUUUUAAACAAAAUCUUUUUUAUUGCUUUCUUUGUUCCAGAGGUUAUUAAACUGUUUUGUUUUUUUAAGUGGCAUCUCCUUCACCUCCACCAUCUUUACAUCAGACUUUUUUUUUUUUGGUUUUUGUUUUGUUAAUCCAAGCGUCCAUGAAGAGCACGAGAAUAGGAAGUGAGGAGACUUGGGGGGGCCAGUGUCAUGUUCAUCCUUCCUUAAAGACCGCCCAGAGGAGCGGUAGGUGGGUGGUUGGGUGGCAGGGCAAUAACAGGAGAAGAAGGGGGAGAGGCAGUUCACAAACAUGGUUGAUUCAUCAUACGUGGGCUUGUUUUUAUAUCAAAAUAUAUUUAAAGGAUUAAAAAAAAAGAACAAGGAAAAACUGACUUGGACAGAGUUAAAAAAGGACGAUUUUCAGAAGCCAGGAGCAACUUGCCGUUAGGGAUGUUCAGUGUCUCUGUGAAUGCUAGGGUCGGGGUGGUGCAUGCUGUGUGUGAGAGGCCUUGGGUUCAACUGUCAGUGCUUUCAAUGUUCAUUGUUUUAUUAUGCUAUCAUAAUUAUGAAUAAAUCAUUCCAUCUGAA